GUGCCGCAGGGUGCGGGAUGCGGACUGGGGACAGCGGCUCAGUGCCCUUUGGAGCUGGGGCGGGCCUGGCGGGUGGCCAGGGGGCGCCCAGGCCGGGUCACUUCGCACUCUUGACGAGCCAUGGAGCUGGAGCGGCCGGCGCCCGCGGAGGUGCGCAUGAGCCAGGCCAUCCAGCCUGCGCACGCCACCCCCCGGGGCGAGCUGAGCGCAGCGCAGCUGCUCAAGUGGAUCGACACCACAGCCUGCCUGGCGGCUGAAAAACAUGCUGGCGUUUCCUGUGUCACAGCCUCAGUGGAUGACAUACAGUUUGAAGCAACAGCUAGAGUUGGACAAGUUAUAACCAUCAAAGCAAAAGUUAGCAGAGCAUUCGGCACAAGCAUGGAGAUCAGCAUCAAGGUUACAGUAGAAGACAUGCUCACUGGCACUGAGAAACUUGUUAGUGUGGCUUUCUCUACCUUUGUAGCCAAACCAGUUGGAAAAGAAAAGAUUCAGUUAAAACCAGUCACACUUCUAACUGAACAAGAUCAUGUGGAACACAAUCUGGCUUCUGAGAGAAGGAAAGUUCGAUUACAACAUGAAGAUACAUUUAAAAACUUGAUGAAGGAAGGUGGCAAGUUUGACGAUCCCAUUUGUGAUGAUGAGGAAGGAACUGUUUCCACAAGGGGCACUUCUGUUCAGAGCAUUGAACUUGUCCUCCCACCCCAUGCAAACCAUCAUGGAAAUACAUUUGGUGGCCAGAUUAUGGCUUGGAUGGAGGCGGUGGCUACUAUUUCUGCAAGCCGCCUGUGUCGAGCGCAUCCUGUUCUGAAGUCUGUGGACAUGUUUAAGUUCCGGGGACCAUCUACAGUUGGAGACCGUCUUGUCUUCAACGCCAUCGUCAACAACACAUUUCAGACCUGUGUUGAAGUUGGAGUGCGUGUGGAGGCCUUUGACUGCCAGGAGUGGUCUGAGAGCCGGGGCCGUCACAUCAACAGUGCUUUUCUCAUUUAUAAUGCUGUCGAUGAUAAGGAAGAACUGAUCACAUUUCCCAAAAUCAAACCCAUGUCAAAGGAUGAUUUUCGACGGUAUCGUGGAGCUCUCGCACGCAAGAGAAUUCGCCUAGGCAGAAAAUAUGUCAUUUCCCACAAAGAAGAAGUUCCACUUUGCAUACACUGGGAUAUUGGCAACCAGGUAUCCUUGAGUAAUGGCAAUGUGGAGGCUCUCAAACGCCUGGCAGCCAAAAGUGGAUGGGAAGUUACCAGCGCUGUGGAAGAGAUAAAAAUAUAUACUCUGGAAGAAAAUGAUAUUUUAUCUGUUUGGGUUGAAAAGCAUGUGAAAAGACCGGCACACUUGGCUUAUCAUCUCUUGUCCAACUUUACCAAGCGACCUUUGUGGGACCCCCACUACACAUCCUGUGAAGUCAUAGACUGCAUAAGUGAAGAUGAUCAGAUAUAUUAUAUCACUUGUUCUGUGGUGAAUAAUGACAAACCCAAAGACUUGGUAGUACUUGUUUCACGAAGAAGGCCACUCGAAGAUGGUCACACUUACGUGGUGGCAGUGAGGUCGGUGAUUCUGCCGUCAGUCCCACCUUCUCCACAGUAUGUCAGAAGUGAAAUCACAUGUGCCGGAUUUCUCAUCCAUGCUUCUGAUAGCAGUUCAUGUACCGUAUCUUACUUUAACCAGAUUUCUGCUAGCAUCCUUCCUUACUUUGCUGGAAACCUUGGUGGCUGGUCAAAAUCCAUUGAAGAGACAGCAGCCUCCUGUAUACAGUUCAUAGAGAGCGCUAAUGAUGAUGGGUUGAUAAGCAUACUUUAA